GCUGACGUGAUCAUUUUAAUGUUACUGAGGUUUGAAUUGUAUUAAUGAGUGUUAAGGCACCAGGGGACUUGGAUAAGCAUCUUUAUAGUUAUUUGUAAAUUUAACUAAAUAAAUACCAACUAUUAUAUCUACACUAAUGGCUCACAGAUAUACCUCUCCACUGUUUCCUGUCCUAGCUAAAAUCUAGGCCUGUCUGACAUCUUCUCAUGGACUUUCAGCCAUCAGCUGAAGCUCAACAUGGCCAAAACAAAGCUCUUAAUCUUUUUCCUCAAGCCUCGAUCCUCCCUUUUUCACUCACAAUGGAUUAUGCCACCCAUCCUCUUUAUCACUCAGGCCUGUAACUGGGUGUCACCUUUGACUCGGUCCCCUGUCUAAAUCAGCGGUUCUCAACCCGCAGGCUGCAUGCGGCCCAAUUAGGACACAGCUGCGGCCCAGUUCAGCUGUGUGCUAAAGGCCACGGGCUCCCAUCUGCCGUGCUGCGUGGUGGGCUGUUGGCUGCCACUGGCCCCACAGGGUGGCGCUCGGGGUCCGAACAGCCGGCUGCCACCUAGCCCCCCACACAGCAUAUGUGGCCCAUAAUGGUAAAUAGGUUGAGAACCACUGGUCUAGAUACUAGCAUCCAAUUUGUAUCUACUGCUUGCUGAUUCUUCCUGAAUAAUGUCUUUAAGAUCCACUGUCUAGAUAAACUUCACCUUAUCUCGUGUCUCAACUACAAGUUCCUCCUCUCUGGUCUUGAGAAACCACUUUUUGUUCCACUUAAGUUCAUUAGAGCACUGCUGCAAAAGUCAUUUACUCAUUUUGUCGCUUUGACCAUUUCCUCCUCCUCUGCAUCCUUCCAUUCUCUUUCCCCAUCUCUACUGCAUCAAACACUGUGUCUUCCCUUUAAAAGGCCUUCAUGAAUAAGCUUCACUCUUAUCUGUCAUCUCAUAUACACUUUUGAGAUGUGACUGUUGCCUCUAGUUUGCCAGUGAUUCCAGCUUUCAGUGCCCAUUUGCUGAAAUUGUGAAUUUUCCAAGAACACCUUUGCACUUUCGUCCACGCUAGCCCUUAUGCCUGGAAAGAGCUCUCUGUAAAAGUCUGCAAAGCUGCCACCUUGUCCUCAGAUUUCCUCUUAAAACUCAUCUUGGCUGUGUUGCCUCCAAAGUGCUUGGCAAUGAUUCAGCAGUUGGUCUACUGGUGACUGCUGCUUAUUACACCGAUCAUAAUAAUCUGUUUCCUGGUGCUCCCUCUGUUUUGUAUCAGUGUAUUGGCUCUUGCCUCCAUUUAAGCUACCCCUUCCUUGAAUUAAUUUGUUUCACACAACUAGAGGAGGAGGCUGCCAGUUUGCAUGUAUCGUUUUUUUUAAAUGCAGCCUCAGGUUUCCUGUUUUGCCUUAUUCUGAGCUCUUUCGUGCAACAGCCUGAUUCAAACUCCUUGCCAUACAUACUCCUCAUCUUGGCUUCGAGGUAAGCAGGGCAGAAGCCUCUGUGGCUGAAAUGAAUGAAGAAAUAAUCUAUACUUCUGUACGGUUUUUACGGACACCGCCAGUCUGUGCCAACGACGUUGUGACAAAGAGAGCUCCCCGGCGCUGGUCAUCUGGUCUGUGCAGCUUGGCUGUAGGUGUUGGGAUACUGAGCACCCUCAUGGUGAUUGCAGUGGUAGUAUGGGCGGUUUGGAGGAUUGAUAGCUCCUGUCCUGGAUGCCCUGACCAGUGGUUGGGUUACAGGAGCAGCUGUUAUUACUUCUCCAAGAUAAAAAAGGAUUGGAAUUCCAGCAAGGCAUCCUGUUCUGCAGAAGGAUCACAUCUCCUGAUGAUCAAUGAUGCCAAGAAAAUGGACCUGUUUUUGGGAAUGCACAUAGAUUCCCACUGGAUUGGUCUGAGGAAGAGUAAAGGCACUGGCUGGACCUGGGAAGAUGGCUCAAAACUCAACAAUACAAAGGUCAUCUCUAACAGCCCCGUGCAGCACUGUGGCGUCCUGUUGCAGGGUACCCUCCAAGCCUCCAGCUGUGCAGUUCAUUGCCCAUGGAUCUGUGAGAAAUCCCCCAAGUAACCUCUUCCUGCACUUUCCCACAAAAUAGUCUUCACUCACACCCAGCCAAUGUAUCCGGACCGUAGCAGCGCAUCCAGACAUGCCUAAUCCUUGUUCCCAUUGGGACCAGGCUGGUGAUGCUCCUAGGAGGUUUGUGUCACCAUUGCCUUCUGUUGAAAUGAGUCAGAAUUGCACAGCUAUGUAGGAGACUGAAAUCUGAUUCAUGGACUCUCAGUUCCCUGAGGCUGGAGCUCUAAGGGCGCGUUCUGUGCAGAAAACCUAGAUCCAUUUUCAGUCCUCAUCUUUCAGGGCUGGGAGCAUUGCAGAGGCCUGCUGACAUUAUCUUUGUUUCCAUGGAAAGUUUUGAAUAUGAUUCCCAGUCUGUUUUUCUCACUCUUCCGCAGUGUGGAGGUCAUUAGUGUGACAGAGGCUGGGCCCAGUGACCCCUUAGGGUUACACUUCUGUGUUGCUGAGCAAAUGACAGACUUUAUUUUCAGUCCACAUUUCUCAUUUCUUUGGCACCAGGAAGCUGCAAAAGCUGGGCCUUCUGCCCCUACUGAAUUAUUCUCUACUUGCUCUACAGUAAACUAGUUUCUUUUGCGUUCCCAAAAUCUGUGUCUCAUUUGUGCCCAAGACCAGGAGUGCUGUGAAAGGAACAGAGGAAGGUGAAAUGAGAAUGUGUCAACCCAGAAAUAAAAGUAAACUUCUAAUUCCAAUAGCUGAGACGAUGCGUCAGGGGGGCAUGCAGGAUCAAGUGCCCCUCUAGCAGCUGCCCGGGAGGGGAGCGGGGCAGGGCCAGAGCUGUAGCAGAAGGUGCUGGACUAGAGCCUUUUCCGGUCACGCUGGGAUGUGCCCAGUGCAGCACAGCAGCUCCUGGAAGAGUGCCUAGUGCAGCGGUGUCGGGCUGCUCCCCACCCAGGCUUGGCUUCCGGGGACAGCAGCCGAGUGAGCUGGAGCACCCCAGCCCUCGGCAUAUUCGACCACUGUCUCCAGAAGUCAAGCACGGGGAAGAAAGCGGGCAGCGCGGGGGCCCCAGGCUGGGGGAGGGGAGGAAAAACUUGGGUCGGUCACAUGUCCUUCCCUUUAGCUUGUGCCCCCUAGUGUGGGGAGGCACCAAUCUAUGUCCAAUAGUGAACCAGCUAGUCUGUGUUUGUAUCACCACUGUCCUCUUUUGGAGCAAAUCAGAACUGUUCAGCAAUGUAUGAGAUUUGGAAGGAUUUGACUUUUAUGGUAAACGUUGGUAAACGCUGAUUUCACUGUACACACAAACUGAUGAAAAAAUAUUUCCAUUUAAAUUUACAGAGAGGCAAAGUAAGAUAAAUGCUGCUUGAGAACUUAUUAGAGUUUGAUUCACGGUUAUUUACUUUGUGUAUUUUGACUUGUGAUGUUGACAGUUUUGUGUUUUAAUGGUUAUACAGCUUUAACUUUUUGAAUUUCAACAUUUACUGUCAUUAAAUAUUGCCUGACUCCUCCAUAAUUUGCCACAACUAUAACAUUUAAAUAGAUAAAAGUCUAAAAUGAUAUUUAACAUCGAUAUUAGCCAUUGAAAUUGUAAAAGAAUAAGAAUCAAAUUCUGCCAGGCCUAAUUACAGGCCUCCUUUAGGCCUGAACCACUCAAGCUAUACUUCUGGGAUAGUUAUUUAAUAAUCGCAUGUAUUAUGGUAGUGCUUUGGGACCAACUACGAAUGGGCCACCAUUAUACUCACCGCUGGGACAAACAGAGUAAUAGAUGGUCUCGGCCCUGAUGAGCUUACAGUCCAAGUGGGCAAGACAGAAACAAGGCAGAGAAGGAAUAGAACACACAAGCAGAGCGAGCAGUAGGGUGGCAGCAAAUGGCAUGGUAGUGCCAUGAUUUUUUUUUUGAGUGGUGUGGGGUGUUACUUGGGACGGGAUCACUUACAUGGAAAGAGAAGGGGGGGACAUGGCAGCAUUCAAGUAUUUCUGGAACACUGUAGAACAGCAUUACUGAUGCGCACAACAUGGAGGAAGGGUGCAGGAGGGGGCGCUCCACCCCCCUUGGCUGGCUCUGAGCAGAGACUCAGCAGCAGCUGUAAUUUCCCCUCUUGGCCAUGCCCAAGACAGCAUAGCAGGGUGGCCCUCCGGCGGGAGACCCAUCACUUGCACAGGAGGUAAUGCAGUGGGGACCUGGGCUUGGCACGUCCUAUUCUAGUAUUUGCCUAGUGAAGGGACAUGCUGCGUUUGGGCACCCAGGCCAGGGCGAGGCACAGCCUGGGGAGCAUGGGGGAGGUACCAUGCAGUUCCCUGGGCCCUCAGUGCCUCUGCUUCCCAACGUUCAGGCUGCAGUCCUUCUCCCCUCUGCUGCCUCGCCUGGAGCAGGGAACUUGGGGAAGUGCCAAGGCCUCCUCCCACCCCCCACAGUGCCAGAACACUGGCAGGGGCUCCCCUGUUGCGUGGGUAUGCAAGUGCCCUUCCCCAUUACCUCCUCUGCUGCUGUCUGGGUGUGGCCGGGAGGGAGGUGGUGGUUGCUGGGUUUGUUCUCAGAGCCAGCCAGAGGAGGAGAGGCCUGGGCCCCACUUUGUUGCACCCUAUCCCUCCCUCCCCUAUGGUCAGGGCCGCUGGCACCCCCUUCUUCCUCCCAAGAUGUGGGGUGGAGCUGUUAUGCUCCUGUACCAGAUGUUGGCUG